UUAUUAUUAUAAUGCAUCAUGAACUUAUACAAUUCAUGAAAUAUCUAGUUAAAGUUAUAAAUUUAAAAACCUAUCGAAUUAUAUUGUCAAAACCAAGGCACAUUGCUAUAUAUACUCAUAGACUGUACAUUGUAAGAAAUAUACUUAUAGUAUUAUUCUUAACUUACAUAGUCUAGCAUUACCAAAAAAAAAAAAAACCGUUGACCAUCUUAAAAAAAAAAAGAUUUUACAAGUGCAAAUUAUCUACUUCAAUAUAACUAAAGAUAAAAAUAUGAAAGAUAACAAAGAGAAAAUAGCAAUUUUCAGUGAUUUGGAACCUCUUGAAUCUUUUCUUGGAUCUUCAUAUUCAGAAAGACUAUUAUAGAAGGUAAGACAAAGAGUAGAAUACCAAUGGACUACUAAUGAUUUUUUAAGAGCUAGAUAUUGAAAUAAUACGUACGUAAGGAGAAAAAUCUAAGAGGAGAAGAAAAUUAAAAGUGCCAAAGUCAAGCAAACCGUUGAAUCAUGAAAGCGUGGAGGAAUUUAGUAGCCACCGUAAUGUGGAAACAUGUUUUAACUUUCAACCAAAAAAGAAAUAUUGACGUCAGAAGUCGAGAUUGUGUUGUCAGGGUGGUCACUUCCUUCAUUACAUCAUUUUGUGUCUCUCCCUUAUAUAUACACUUCUCUUGCUAUUUUCACCACCAAAAAGCACUUCACCUCUCAAAGACUCUACUUACACAUUUGUCACUUCUUCCCUCAUAAUUCACAAUUUGAUCGAUUAAAAACAUUAGACCUUAGUAGAUAUGGAGAGUAAUGGUGACGCUUCUGCCGCUACCACUCCAAUCAUCUCUUCUUCAUCUUCUCCUCCACCACCGCUUUCACCGCGGGUGGUGCUCAGCCCAUGCGCCGCUUGCAAAAUCCUAAGGCGGCGUUGCGCAGAGAAAUGCGUUUUGGCACCGUACUUCCCUCCAACGGAUCCAGCCAAGUUCACCAUCGCCCACCGUGUCUUUGGAGCCAGCAACAUCAUUAAGUUCUUGCAGGAGCUUCCAGAAUCACAAAGAACUGAUGCGGUAAAAAGUAUGGUGUAUGAAGCGGAAGCAAGAAUAAGAGAUCCGGUGUAUGGAAGUGCGGGUGCCAUAUACAAUCUACAAAGACAAGUGAGUGAACUCCAAGCAGAGCUUGCAAAAGCUCAGGUGGAGAUGGUGAAUAUGCAACUUCAAAGAUCAAAUUUACUGGAGUUGAUUUAUAAUAACAUGGAGCAAGUACAGAAACAAGAACAAGAUAAUAUGUCUUUUGAGAGCAAUGAUUUGGGAUUCCUUGAAGACAACUCCAACACCAACACAUCAAUGUUGUGGUGUGAUCCUCUUUGGACCUGAUGAAUUUUGACUACUUCACUUAAAAUCCCUCUCUAGUACUUUUCUUUACGCAGGAUUAGCACACAAAAAUCAAAAUUGUAUAAUAUAUAUAUGGAUAAAUUUUUCAGACAAUUCA